GACGAGAAAAAAAAAAUGAAGAAGAGCAACCAAUUGAACACAAAAAACGCAGCAUUUCAUGUUCUAAAGGUUAAAACGUGAAAAUUGAAGCAAACCGCAGUGCAAACGAAAUCGCGACAAAGUGAAAUUCCCAUGUUGAAACGAGAGGGAAACACACAACACACGAUUAAGUAUAGAAAAUGUAAAAAAAAAGAGUUGAGUAUCGGUAAAUUUUUCUUUCUUCAUCGUUCUCAUCGUGUGAGUGCAUUGAGCGUGCGACAGGUGUUUUUUUUUUCUCUUUUCUUUUUCUCUCUCUCCGCAUACAUUCUCAUAUUCACUCAUCGUUCGUUCGUUCGUGCACGGCUCCGAUUUGGUUUGCUCUUGUUAUUAUUGUUGUUCGAUUCGUGUAUAUCGUCUCUUCUAUUUUGGUUUCGGUGUGCUCGGCAUUGGCUUCGCUGCUCAUUUGUGUGUUACAUUAAUUCGUCCGACGUUCAUGUUCAUUUAGUAUUGUUUGUCUAACGAGAAUGGCUGGUGCGUUUUGUUCACAAUUCAUUCGAAUAGUGCGUGUAUAAGCCCGUGCAUUUUUUCUUUCCCGUCUGCAACUGGAAUAUUUCGUUCUUUGUCUCCUUGUUUGGCGUUUUUCGUUGUUGUUGUUGUGGUUUUUCGUCGAGUUGAGUUCGUGUUUCGAGUGAAUGCGUUGUGUCGCUUCCAUGUAAAUUACACUGUGCAGUUUACAUUCGAAGUCAUCGUUUAGACGCGACCCAAAACAUUCUCACCGAAGAAUUAUUCUUUCGAAUUCUUUAAAUAAAUAUUUCAACAUCAGUCCAUUCGUAGUGCUUUGUUGAGUGUGUUUAAUUAAAUCGCCACCAUCUCUACUGUCACCGUCAUUUAACCGCUUGCGAGUCUACGAUCAACCGAACCGAUGAAUUUCGCGCAAACAACAUCUAGCGAAGCAAUAAACACGAUAACUUGUGAAUGUCUUUACGCUUGAUUAAUUCGUACAAUUUUUUUCAGUUUUCCUUGUAAAGCAGUUUAAAGAACACACACAAAAAUACACCGUUCUUUUUUUUUGUUUCGCGCAGUAUCGUUGACAAAUUGUGUUAUCGUUAUAACCACAUAGAUUCCCGUAUACGUGUGUUUAUGUACUCAGUUUGUGCCCAUGGUUUUUUUCGAUAUAGCCAAUUGUGCCUGUGCUUGUGUCUAUGUUCUGAAUGUGUGCCAAAAUAAUCGACUGAAACAUUUGGAAUCGCGAAAAAUAAGCAACAAACAAUUUUCAUUAAAAACACAAUCAAUCGAAACCGUCGUAAUUUGCAGCAAUUUAAAGAAACAAAAAAUGUGAUCGAUUUUCGGUCCCUUGUACACCUAGUAAAACAAAUGUGAAAAGAGCGAACGAGACGAUCGAACAAAAACCUGCAUCAACUGAUCAUCAAUUGGGACAAUAUUGACAGCAGCAGCAGCGUCAAAAGACAACGACUACGGAUUCCAUAAUUUAAUCAACUCGAUUUCAUCGUGAAGACUAUAUAAAAAAAACAACAACAACAACAAUAACAAUAACGACACACGAACGCGGCACACACAUGCGAAAAAAUGCCAUUCAAAAUCAAGUUGAAAAAAUCACGACAUUAUAAUGUCACAUCGAAGAGUUUGUUCGUCAUAUCUGUUCAUCAUUUACUGGUUUUAGACACACCGACUACGGUCGAUUGCACGCUCAGUUCGGAAAGCACUGGUUCGGAAUGCUUGGAAAAUGUGUGUCAGCGUUUAUCGAUAAAUCAACCGGAAUUUUUUGGACUACGCUAUGUGGUCAAAGGCAGUGAUACACAAAUGCGAUGGGUGGAUUUGGAUCGGCCGCUCAGUCGUCAAUUGGAAAAGCAUGCGGCCAGCCCGAAAUUGUAUUUGCGUAUCAUGUACUAUGUCAUUUCGGGUGUAACAUUGAUAACGGAUGAGGUGACGCGAAAUUACUAUUUUCUGCAGCUAAAAAGUGAUGUGGUUGAUGGUCGCAUAUCGUGCGAUCCACGGCAAGCUGUGGCCUUAGCAAUGUACUGUCGACAGGCGCAGUAUGAUAGUUAUCAAAGUGAACGACACACGGUGGAUUACUUGAAAACACUGCUUCCAUUUCCAAAAGCUAUGAUCGAAGCUGGUUUAUUGGAAACACUCACCGAAGAGGUACUGCUACAACCAAAUCCAGACAUUCAAGGCCUAACACAGUCAGCAGCCGAGGCGCUAUUCAUCACAGCGUGUCAAAACCUUGAUGGAUAUGGUCAGGAACGAUUUAAUGCUAAAAAUGACUCGAACCACAUGGUGUCGCUCGGUAUCACUGUGGCCGGGAUUGUGGUCACUACCAUGGAUGGAUCAUACACAUUUUAUCCGUGGCACGAAAUCAGUAAUGUAGUAAAUCACAAGCGCAUUUUCAACAUUGAAUGCACCGAGGCGCAGAAAAGUGUCGGGUUUUCACUGCAAGACGCCGACACUGGUCGCUACUUUUGGAAAUUGUGCGUGCUGCAGCACACUUUCUUCAUGAAAUACGAACAAAACCAAGAGCAUCCAAAUGUUGAACACAAUGUCAAUCUCUUCCAAAAUGUGCCAGAAGACCUAAACGAAAGUCGUGAUAAUUUAUUCGAACAAUCUUCAAAUAUUUAUGCAUCGGAUUCGCAUAUACCCGCAUCGUUAAUGUAUCAAUCACACCAGCAACUGCACCCACAUCAAACGGAAUCAAUUGUUUCGUCGAACAUGUCAUUAGCAGCUAGUCAACAACAAUUGCGUAGUGCCUAUGAACAGGGUUGUACGCCGGUGCCGAAUGACUACACACAUCGCAAUAGCAAUUGGCAAUUGGUUGGCUCCAAUCAAUCGCUGAACAAUGGACGAACACAGAGCACAUCCUGUUUGGAUUUGAGCAAUAACAAUAUUCAGGUGGAACGAGAGCGAGAGCGAUUGAAAGCAUUUUUGCCCGGUUAUCGACCAGCUCCAGACUACGAAACAGCCGUUCAGCAAAAGUAUCGAUCAAACACACACAUCAAUUCGUAUUCGGGAAGUCAGCCGGAUGUGCAUCAAGCGACCGCAAUCACGGAUGCAAUCUUUGGCCAUCAGCUACAACAAAAAUAUCCCGAUGUCACACAAACAACCAACCCAAUUUAUCAGCAACAUUUUGCCGAUCCAAAUUUCAUGGGCGUCGAUGGUUUAUCACAUCAAUUGCAAAUAAUGCGCUUGAAUAAACCACCUCCACCAUAUCACACAAACCGAUUCAGUUCCACAUCGACACCGGACUUGGCAUCGCAUCAAUUGCUUGGCUAUCGUGGUGCGUAUGGUUCGAGUCCGGAUUUGGUUUCGACGCGUACAUUCAUGAAUCAACCGCCACAGUUUAUGUCACAGCAACAAGUUUAUCCGGUGUCAACGACUCAAUCGCAAACAUUCCGCUAUAGAUAUGCUCAAAACAUUGUACCUCAUGGCACAUACGAGAAUUUGAACUAUAUCGAUGGCCACACAAAGACGAACCUUUUGUCACAAAAGCUACAGAAUGGAUAUCGGAAUGGAUCACCGUUGACGAACGGUGGCUUGAUCAAACAGCACAAUGGAUCAAUUGAACCGAUCUACGAGAACAUUCCGUUGCCGUGGCAAAGCGAAAAUAGUCAAGCGGAAAUGCGCGAACGAGCUUCAAGUAUUCAAUCAGCACCGGGUGUGAUGCGCUUCAAAACGCAACCACACUUGAGCCAACAGUUUUUGAACGAAACAAAAAACAGUAAUUUUGCCGUUUCGAACACAAGUCUGACGACAAUAAACGAUUUGAAGAACAAUAAUUUGGCGGAGCAUUCAGUGCUAUCGAAAAGUACAUCGAAUCCAAUCGAUAAACACCAUCACAAAUUUGCACACAACCAAGAUUCGAUUGACGGUCGAACCGGCAACAAUGGAACUGUGAUCGCAAUCAAUUCGAAUUCUACAUUCGAACCAAAAGUGGAAAUUAUUCAGCCACCAAAGCAAUUCCAACAAGCGGAAAAACCCGUGCAUAAAACGCGUAUUGAAAUCACGGCCGCACACGAUGAGUCAACAACGACGAAUAACAUGCAUGAUGCAAGCAAUCGAUCGCUAUCAAAUGUUCUAGAAACGUCACAGAGUUCAACGUUUACAAAUCAAACGGCCACAACGACUGAUUCCGGUGUAAGCAUGGAACAGAAGGAGAAGAAGAAACGACGUUGGGUUUUCUUUGGCAGCAGCCACAGUACCAAAACCAAUUCAAACGAAAAGCACAAGAGUGCAACACUUGGCCGGGAAAAGGAUAAGGAGAAAGACAAGAACAAAGCAUCGAAAUCGAAGACGAUUUCACGCGACGAACAAACAUUGAAGCAUCGAUGGUCAACGGGCCUACCGAAACUUCAACCGUUAGCUGCUACGAUCAGUAAAGAGAAAUUGUCACAAAUCUUGGAAGAGAAGCUUCACGAUACGAAAAUGUUUAUGGAAUUCGAAUCGAUACCAAAGCGAAAAGAGGGAGCUCGCUAUGAUUGUGCAUUGCAUGAGGAGAAUCGAAUGAAAAACUUCGAUCCGAAUUUCCUGCCAUACGACGACAAUCGCGUUCGAAUCACACCGAGCACUGGAAAUCGCCUGGGCUAUGUCAAUGCGUCACACAUCCAAGUCACAGUUGGCAAAAAGCAACGGUUCUACAUCGUUUCACAGUCGCCACACAACACACAAACGCUGCACCUAUUUUGGCAGUGCGUUUGGGAAGCUGAUGUGUACUUGAUCGUCCAGUUGUCGGAGGAGAUCAAUUACAUACCAGCCACAAGUGAAAAGUGCCUGGAUUAUGGUCAGUAUCAAGUGUUCCAGGAGUUUUCGCAGAACACUGGUCGAUGCGUAACAUCCAAAUUCCGACUGUAUCACACACAAUCGCGACGGUAUCGAUCCGUUUGGCAUCUGAAAUAUAACGAUUGGGCUGAGCAAAAUUGUCCGCCGGACGUAGAACACUUUUUAGAUUUUCUAAAAGAAUUGAAUUCGGUUCGUUUGGCUUCGGUAAACGAAGUACCACCUGGUCACAAUACAAAUCCUCCUGUAUUGAUUCAUUGCAGCGAAGGUGGAGGUCGAGCUGGAGUUACAUUAUCCUCUGACUUGCUCCUAUACACUUUAGAUCACAACCAGGUAUGUACGGUGUACGUUGUACACAAUGUCAAAUCAAAUCAUCAUUCUAAAUCCGUUUGCCUAUUUUUAAUCCUUUGUUUACGCUCUUUUUUAACUACACAGGAUUUGGAUAUACCCCGCGUUGUUGGUCAACUCCGUCAGCAACGAGAUAACAUCAUUCCGUCAUUAGCUCAAUACAAAUUCAUUUACUCAUUGCUAAUACAUUCGUUGAAACAAACACGACUCAUCUAAUAUCAUUUGUUUUUUGUUUUUUUUUGCUAUUUCGUCAAAAACUGGAAAAAAACAACUCAUUGUGUAUAUAUACAGAAAUCAAAAUCGUGAUAAACGUUUCAUGAUCAUUUCAUUUUCUUUUUUGCGUAUUCGAAUCGAUUUAUUUUACACUUUGUUCAGACACUCAAGUAUUUCUUUAUUCGACUGAAAACAAAACUUAUGUAUUUUAUUUUUUUUCUAGAAUUUUUUUACAUGCUCUAUUGUACAAUGAACAAAGAACUUUAUGUAUUGAAAAUAGUGAAGAACAACGUCUUUGUCCAAAUAAUUAUGUAUUCAUUAUUAGUAGAAAUUCAGUGUCGUAUGUUAGGAGGAGAUGUUUUGAAUUAAGAGAGAAUGUUUAAUGAAAUUUCGAUUUAUAAAAGAGAAAGUUAACAUGAGAUUCGUUUUUGUUUAUUAAGUUGCAAUUUAUCACCAUUAAAUGAGAGCCUACAAGAGUAUUUUUUGUUAAAUCGACUGCGAAAUUUUCUAGAAUAAGAAAAAAAUAUUUUUUCUUUUCGGUAUUCAUGGAAUAGAAGAUUAAAUUAUUUCGAAUACAAAGAAUGCCUUAUGUGAGCUGUAAAAUUAAAAUGAUUGCAACCCGGGCACUUUGCAACCGUGGUUGUGCGUAUUUGUUUUAUUCGAAAUGUGACUUAAAAGCAAUCUAUUGUGCCUUGUAUUGUUAUCAUAUCAGCGUCAACCAUCUGCCUAUUAAUUAAAUAUGGAAAUAAAUGAAAACAAAAACACCAUCAAUCAUAUAUAUCA